UCCUCCCUACCCGCCCUGCGUCUGGGGCCUGCGCUUCCGCUUCCUGCUUCGGACCCUUAGUGCUUGAGGGUCACAUUGAGUCUGCGGGGUCUGCGGGAGGAGCAGCGGGGACAGAGACAGCGACCGCGGCGGAAGCGACCUCAGGAGCCGCCAUGUCUGAAGACAUCAAAACCAAGAUCCAAAACUACCGCACGGCGCCCUUUGACAGCCGCUUCCCCAACCAGAACCAGACCCGUAACUGCUGGCAGAACUACCUGGAUUUUUACCGUUGUGAGAAGGCCAUGAACAAGAAAGGUGGUGAUGUGUCUGUCUGCCAGUGGUACAAACAUGUCUACAAGUCCCUGUGUCCUCUGUCCUGGGUGAGUACUUGGGAUGAACGCAGAGUGGAAGACACUUUCCCUGGGAAGAUCUGAGCUGCCUCCUCUUCCUCCCUUACCCCACCCCGAUGCCUGGG